CGACAUUUAUCGGUAGUCGAACAUCAAUAUUUGAAUUUGGUAUUAUGUAUUACUAUUGUGAAUGAUUUCGUUCGAUAUUAUUCGUUUUCACUUUCGACAGUUAUCGUCUGCAUUUUUCUGUUCGACUGCUGGUGUUGUGUGUAAAUCCCCGGGCAAAAAUGGUAAAAGUAGUGAGCAAUAAGAAACAGCUAGAAAGGCUAGUUUCAAUAAUGGAAGCAAACCCAGAUAUUGCGAAGGGAAUUUGCGGUAAAGCCCAAGCGAAGAAAAGAUGGGAUAGAUUUACAACGGAACUUAAUAGUAUCGGACCUCCUGUACGUACUUGCGAUAAAUGGAUUAAGGUUUGGGCUGAUCUCAAAUUUAAAAUAAAAAAGAAAAAAACUGAAAAUAAGACAGAAAUCCAGGCAACAGGUGGUGGACCAAACCGACUGCAUACGUUCAGUAAUUUGGAGGAAAGUGUCAUAGGACUACUUUCAAUUGACGCCUCUAUAGAUCCACCAGGAAUUGAGUUUGGGCAGGAGGAAAUCCAAAACAUGGAAACAAAUUGUACGCAUGUUGAUGAAGACCCAGACCCGAUAACAACCAAUGAAAUUACGGCGGAUGAAAGUGAUGCUCCUAUUAAAACUUGUUUAAAAAAAAACAAACAGAAAGGAGAGGACGAGAGGCUUUCAAUUCUGAAGAACCAAACAAAUAUGCAGGAGGACUUUAAUAAUGAAGUCAAAUCAACGAUGAGGGAACUAAAAAAAAAAAUUUCAAGUUUGGAAGAAUAUACAAAAAAAAUGUACUAUCAAAAGAAGGAUAAGAACAAAGAACUGCUUGCCAUAAAGAGAGAAAAGCUUCAGCUGUAUAAAGAAGAUUUGAGAAGCCGACAAAGAGACAGAACUGCAAGACUUAAAUUAAAACAACAAAAGCUGGAAAUCAAAAAAACUCAAGUGGAGAUGCAUUUGCAAAAAAUUUAAUUUUUUUUUAAUUCAUUUAUUUUUCAUGAGAAUGGAAGUGUUUUUAUAUCAUUGUUUUCUAUUAAUUGAAGUAUUUUUGUGUUAUUUUUGUUCAGUUUUGAUACCUACCGUGUUGAAUGUUCCUAUGUUCCUACU